AUGCCACACACGCUCAACUUGACAUCAUCGCCGGCAGCGUCACUGCUCUCGCUCAGCCAUAUUCGCUCUGUUUUGCAGCGCCUGGAGGACACGAUCGUAUUUCAACUGAUCGAGCGAGCGCAGUUCAAACUGAACAGAUGCAUGUACCUUCCCGGAGCUUUUCCAGAGCUAACUAAGAAGGAAGGGUGGGAAGGUAGCUGGACAGAAUGGUUCUUGAAAGAAAGCGAGAGUGCGCACGCGAAAGUGCGCAGAUGGGAAGCACCCGACGAGUACCCCUUCACACCUGUCGAACUGCUCCCGUCUCCUAUCCUCCCUGCAGUGGAGUACCCACCCCUAUUGUGGCCAUCGAACAAUAAUCAUGGCAUCAAUGUCAACAGCAAGAUUUACUCAUUUUACGUCGAAAACAUCGUCCCCGCCAUCUGUAGCCGGCAUAAGGUGGAAGGGGGUGCAGAAGAUGCAGAGAGUGAUGAUGAGAGCGAUGACGGGCAAUAUGGCAGUGCGGCAGUGCGCGAUGUCGAGAUUUUAUCCGCGCUCUCGCGGCGAAUUCACUUCGGAAUGUUCGUGUCCGAGUCGAAAUUCCGCUCAGCACCGUCCGACUUUGUGCCACAUAUCAUCACUGCGUCGUCAACCUCGCCGAGCGUGACAGCGGAGCAGAAGACGGUGGCGCGAGACAAGCUACUGGCGCUGAUCACCAAGCCGGCCGUCGAGGCUGCGCUGCUCGUGCGCCUGGCGGAGAAAGCGCAAGUGUAUGGGGGCGAUUUUGACGCUGCGUUCCAGGCGCGCAAUUCUGGCAUGGCCAGGGAACAGCAGGAGAAGGAGAGGGAGAAGAGAAGGAAGAUCGAGGUAGACGAGGUCGUACAGCUGUAUAAGGGCUUCGUAAUACCGCUCACCAAGACUGUAGAGGUGGACUACCUUGAAAAGCGGCUUGAAGGCCUGUCUGAAUCGCAAGUACGAGCUCUGGCAGACGGCAAAAGUUGGGAAGACGUUGCGCAGGAGCUGAAGUAG